AUGACUCUCCACAACUUCCUCUUAUUUGUAGCACUUAAUAAUGUUUGUCGUUUUGUUAUAUCUCCUGAAACCCUAUUCUACCAACCAUUUAUAGAAGCUCUUUCUUCUUCUUCUUCUUCUUCUUCUUCUUCUUUUUUCUUCUUCUUCUGUGCUCGACGAAGACGAAGUAUGAACUGGGCGUGCAUACACGACCGCCUACCUGUGACGUUUUCGGCGGCCUUCCUUUUUCAUCUGGACCAACUCUCGUGUACUGACAUUCAAGAUCGAUUCAGAUGCCCUACUUGUCACGUGAAAACGUGUCACAUUACGGGUAACACCAGAUGGACACGUCGAAUACUCCCGGGCAUGAUCGUAUCCAACGUGAAAUUUCCAAGCGGUUUCCAAGUACAUAGCGUGAAAUGCCAUAAACGUGCUUGCGACACAUAUAAAAAUUGUACCAGACAAGAUGAUUGUUUCAGCAAAACAGAACCCACCAAAGAUGGACUCAAUAUCUAUUUGAACAACUUUAAAUACCAAAAGAGUAUCUACAUCAUUAUAAUCGCCCGGAGAAUCUAUUCGGUGGAUAACAAAAAUACAAACAUGUAUAUUACAUUCACAGAUUAUUAUAAAGUUCUACUUUUUCUAAUUCUUUUUCUACUUCUUCUUCUACGUCUUCUGUGUCUCCUUCCUUUACUUCUUUUCUUCUAUAUCUUCUUCUUCUCCUUCUUUUACUUCCCCUUCUUUUAUGCCUUCUUAUAUUUCAACUUCUUCAUCUUCUUCUACUCCAAAAUUCUACUUCUUCGUCUUUUACUACUUCUUCUUCUUUUUCUACUUCCUCGUCUUCUUCUUCUUCUUCUUCUCCUUCUUCUUCUUCUUCUUCUUCUUCUUCUUCUUCGAUGUGCCUGUCUUUUCUUCGCUUUUCAUACGAUCAAAAGGGAAAAGUACAUUAUUCAUGAGAUAUUGGCAAGAGACGUUAACACUUUUAUCUUCUUUCUUUCUUUCUUUCUUUCUUUCUUUCUUUUUUGUUUCUUUCUUUCUUACUUCUUCCUUUCUUUCUAUUUUUCUUUCUUUCUUCUCUGUCUUUUCUUUCUUUCUUUCUUUCUUUCUUUCUUUCUUUCUCCCUGA